GUCUCUGAUGCAGCAACAGCCAGCAAAUGUGCUUGUCUAGCAGCACAGGUAUAAUCUGUACCUGUCUGCAUGAAUUAUUUAUUCCAUUGGAAUACUGUACUCUUGUUUCCCCCUAUAUUUAGUUCAGAGGUGGAAGAGAAAAAAAAAUAGAGAGAAAAAAAAACCCUCUAAAACAGGCAACUCUGGGCUGACAUCAACACGGUGCAACUUUCAAGGUCCUCUGAAUGGUAGCUGCAUCCAGUAUUUAGGUCUUAAUUCUCCUGUAAGCUGCGGCUUCAAAGCUUUUAUCAAAGCUUGCUUGAUAAUCAGGCACUGCUGUUCCAUAGCAGAAGGCGAAAUAAUACAUUUAUUACAUCGGAUAUCUGCUGGUGUACUAGGGUACACUUUUACGGGAUAUUUUUUCCCACUUUUUUCGAGGAAUUUUUCAGUCCGGAAAUGUUGUGGAUUUAUCCUAACAGCACAUGAUUUUCAUGGAAAUGGAGUAUACGUGAAACUGUUACAAGCUUUUAAGUCUGUUUUACCAGUUGAAACCAUCCGAAGACGUAUGGCGGUGUUUGUUCAAAUUAUAUUAUGUUUACUAUGCCGGUUUUGUUAAGGCAAAAAGGCUUUACUAUUUGGGGUAACAAAGUACCUUUGACAUCCCAUGCGUGUGCUGCUGUUAUUAAUCAUCUCAUCGCUGCAUGUUGCCAUGCUAAAGGCUCCUAAGGGCAAAAAUGUAUCCUGGGGUUCAGCGGACUCCUACACCAGCCGUCCAUCCGAUUCAGAUGUCUCUCUGGAAGAAGACAGGGAGGCUGUCCGAAGAGAGGCAGAAAGACAGGCCCAGGCACAGCUGGAGAAAGCAAGGACCAAGCCUGUUGCAUUUGCGGUUCGGACAAAUGUUGGCUACAGCGCAGUUCACGAUGAUGAUAUCCCAGUUCCAGGCAUGGCGAUUUCAUUUGAAGCUAAAGACUUUUUGCAUGUCAAAGAAAAAUUUAAUAAUGACUGGUGGAUAGGACGGCUGGUGAAAGAAGGCUGCGAAAUUGGCUUUAUCCCUAGUCCUGUUAAACUCGAAAACAGGCUACAGCAUGAACAAAAAGCAAAACAGGGAAAAUUUUACACCAGUAAGGCUGGAGGAAAUUCAUCUUCCAGUUUGGGCGAUGUGGUACCCAACUCUAGAAGAUCAACUCCGCCAUCAUCUGCUAUAGACUUAGAUGCCACUGGCUUAGAGGCAGAAGAAAUUGACAUUCCAGCCAACCAUCGCUCCCCUAAACCCAGUACAAACAGUGUAACAUCACCCCACUCCAAAGAGAAACGAAUGCCCUUUUUUAAGAAGACUGAGCACGUUCCACCCUAUGAUGUAGUGCCUUCAAUGAGACCGGUAGUUUUAGUGGGGCCUUCUUUAAAGGGAUAUGAGGUGACAGACAUGAUGCAAAAAGCUUUAUUUGAUUUUUUAAAACACAGGUUUGAAGGGCGGAUAUCAAUAACGCGAGUCACUGCAGACAUCUCACUUGCCAAACGUUCAGUGUUAAAUAACCCCAGUAAACAUGCAAUCAUAGAAAGAUCGAACACGCGAUCAAGUUUAGCUGAAGUUCAAAGUGAAAUUGAACGUAUCUUUGAACUGGCCCGGACCUUGCAGCUUGUCGUGUUAGAUGCUGAUACCAUAAACCAUCCAACUCAACUUGGCAAAACCUCCCUUGCUCCUAUCAUAGUCUAUGUAAAGAUUUCAUCCCCAAAGGUUUUACAACGAUUAAUAAAAUCCAGAGGAAAAUCUCAAGCAAAACAUCUUAAUGUCCAAAUGGUAGCAGCUGAUAAACUAGCUCAAUGUCCUCCAGAAAUGUUUGAUGUUAUCCUGGAUGAAAACCAGCUUGAAGAUGCAUGUGAACAUCUAGCUGACUACUUAGAAGCCUACUGGAAGGCCACUCAUCCUCCAAGCAGCAACCCCCCUAAUGUGCUUCUUUCUCGAACACUUACAACAGCAACUCUUCCCAUCACACCUUCUUCUGCCUCUAAUACGCAGAGUACCCAAGGAGAGCAAAAGAAUGAGCAUCCAGAUCUCGAACAAACAGCCUCAGUGGAGGAAGAUGCUGGUGCUGCCGAACAACCCACAAGAAAAUCCACACAUCGAUCUUCUUCCUCUUCGCAGCACCACAAUCAUCGAAGUGGAUUAAACAGAGGUCUAUCCAGGCAGGAGACAUUUGAUUCUGAAACUCAAGACCAUAGAGAUUCUGUUUACCUAGAGACAACAGAGGAUUACCCUCCUGACCAAGGUGAACCUCAAGAUUCUCAUCGGGAUCACAAUCAUAGGGACGAGUCACAUACAUCUAGUGACCACAGACAUAAGGAAUCUCGCCACCGCUCAAGUCAUGAGCAGGACAGAGAACAGGACCACAACGAAUGCAACAAACCGCGCAGUCGUCAUAAAUCAAGGGACCGACAUUGCGAUAAGGAUGGGGAGGUUUCUAGGAAACGUAACGAUACAGAAUGGAACAGGGAUGUUUAUAUCCGUCAGUAACACUUCCUUCUUUGAUAUCUUAAUUUUUUUUUCUCAUUCUUGUAAACCACCUUUUUAAACAGUUUGGUUCUGUGUUACAAAGGAUAUGGGAUCAUGCUGUUAUCUGUUGGAUUUUGCUGUUGUUUUUAUAGCAAUAGCACAAAAUGGACUUUUUUCAUAGGUGUUUUUAAUUUCAAGUUGCCAUGGGGCAGCUUUAAUCUGUUACCAAACCAUACGUUGACCUGUUCUGUGACCCUUUUGAUGCUAUUUGUUGCCAUCAAGGUGUUGUUGCUGUUCUAAAGCAAAGUUCUAAUGUUUUAUAAUCUCCGUUCUUUUGACGGAAUAGAUUCAAAAGCAUAAAGAUGGUAAUUUCAUGUUAAUUUUUUUCGCCACUUUUGUUUUCAUUUUUACAUUGAUCUGUUCCAUCACUGAAUUCCUCAAGACAAUGAACCUGAUGAUAUCAGACUUUUUGAAGAGACUACUAAAACAUCACACUUUAUUUUUGUAUUCUGAGCUGUAUACACUUGAUUUGAAUGUUCAUUUUGGCCACUUGUUUUCUGUUUCCCUCCACCCUUGCUGUGUUGGUUUGAGGACAGCUAAAUAUUGCCUUACACUUGAGGGGUUAUAGCGUUAAAUUAAUUUUCUAUGUACUGGUCCUCUAUGUUGUAAAGUCUGUUUAUAUGUUUCCUUUAUACUGCAUGGUUAGAAUGUUUGACUAUACAGCUGUACAUUUUACAGAAUAAUUCAUUACAUUAGUCCUCGCAAACCAUUGGUGACUGGAAUUAACGUGGAGACGUAAAAAGUUAAGAUUCUUCUAAUUCAAUUACAAAUCAUUAUGACAUAAAGAGAGGCAUUAGUCAUUUUGCUGCUAGAUGGUUUUAAUAACUCACUCUGGCAAAGAAGAGGUUAAUUAUCUAUAAAUGUAGUAUUAUGUCUAAUUUAUUUACCUUGCAGAACCACUGAUCUCAGCGAUUAUGGUAGGCACGACGAUGAUCAAAUUAUUAAAUUCUUCCUAUUUUUUUUGUGAAGAUUAAUUAUCAAAUACAAGAUGAACUUUCAGAGGGUUUAUUAAUGUGUUGCAUCUGUUUCAAAUGAGCUUGUAAUAUAAUGUUCCCUUAUCCCAGUUCAGUAAAUAGUCCUGUAUUUGGGGAAUGUGACCGGUUCACUUCGACUCCUAUGUGUAUAGCAAGCCAUGUGUGUUCCUUAAUAUUCUUCCAUUAAUAGAUGUGGCACUAAUAACCAACACAAUCAUUUUAUGAUUUCAUGCCUGCUUAGAUGAUGCACAAACUGCAAAUUAUUGAUUAUUGUUA